CCCUUUCCGCUCUCCGUGCGAAGACCUGGGCGGAGAGCGCUACAGCUAUGGCGGUCGUUAGGAUGGGAAAGCUGACAACUAUGCCAGCAGCUCUAAUAUGUGCAUCUAUAAAUGUGCAUGCGGCCAAAGAAGAGGAGUCCAGAAAGCAUCUAGUGAAACCAGAGCAGCUCCCCAUAUAUACUGCACCACCUCUCCAGUCUAAAUAUGUUGAUGAGCAGCCUGGUCAUUUACAAAUGGGCUUUGCGUCCAUUCGCACUACAACUGGUCAUUAUAUUGGCUGGUGCAAGGGUGUUUAUGUCUUCGUGAAAUAUGGGAUAAUGGAUACAGUACAAUUUGGAAAAGAUGCAUAUCUCUAUUUGAAGAAUCCACCUCGAGAUUUUCUUCCGAAAAUUGGAGUGAUUACAGUUUCAGGAUUGGCAGGCUUCAUUUCAGCGAGAAAAGGUUCUAGGUUUAAGAGAAUUGCUUAUCCACUGGGACUGGCCACUUUAGGAGCAACUGUUUGCUACCCUGUUCAAUCAGUAAUAAUUGCAAAGGUAACUGGGAAAAAGGCAUAUGCUACAAGCCAGCAAAUUUAUGAAGCAGUUAAAUCAUUGUGGACAAAAAACAACAAAAAAGAGUCACUUCCUGAACCUAAAGAAAAAACUAAGCUAGGAAGCUCUGAUGAAAUAGAAAUACCUGCAAAAACAACUCACAACCUGAAACGUUCAGUGCCUUUGUCAGCAGAACUCAACUCUGAAACAAAGACCAAAUCAGAAUCCACAUCAGUCUGUGUAUCUUUUUAGGUUAUGAGGUACUCAGGUGAUACACAGUUUAUGCCUGACCCCAAGCUCAUGGAUCACGGGCAGUCCCAUCCAGAAGAUGUAGAUAUGUACAGCACUAGAAGCUGAAAUAGUCUGCAUAGAGAACUACAAGAUAUGUGAAGUUGCAAAUAACGAUGAAAAAAAUCAUGUAAUGGGUAACUGUGAUGCACGGAGUAUAAUUUAAACUAAGUUUUUCCCAUACAUCUUCUACUGUACAGUUAGACAAAUCACAUAAGUGAUAAAAACACAAAUUGGAUACAAUCCGAACAAUAUUAAAUGAUCAAUGAGGAGGCAGAGGUAGAAGUAUUAGGAUGCAUUUGGUGAUUUUUAAGGGUAUUUAUAAAAAAGUAAAAAUAAAUAUAUGGGAUCAACAUGAGAAGAUGGUGGAAGACUAAGACGCAGAGAUCACCUUCCUCCCCACAGAUACAUCAGAAAUAUAUCUACACGUGGAACUGCUCCUAUAGAAAACCCACUGAAUGCUGACAGAAGACCUCAGACCUACCAAAAGGCAAGAAACUCCCAACGUACCUUGGUAGGUCAAAAGAAAACAGAAUAAACAGAGACAAAAGAAUAGGGAAGGGACCCGCACCAGUGGGAGGGAGCUGUGAAGGAGGAAAGGUUUCCACACACUAGAAGCCCCUUCACAGGUGGAGACUGCAGGUGGCAGAGGGGGAAGCUUCAGAGCCAUGGAGGAGAGCUCAGUAACAUGCUGCGAAGGGCAAAGCGGAGAGAUUCCCACACAGAGGAUCGGUGCUGACCAGCACUCACCAGCCCGAGAAGCUUGUCUGCUCACCCGCUGGGAUGGGCAGGGGCUGGGAGCUGAGGCUCGGACUUCAGUUGGAUGCCAGGAUAGGACUGGGGUUGGCAGCGUGAACACAGCCUAAAUGGGUUAGUGCACCACAGCUAGCCGGUAGGGAGUCCGGGAGAAGUCUGGAGCUGCCGAAGAGGCAAGAGAGUUUUUCCUCCCUCUUUGCUUCCUGGUGCGCGAGGAGAGGGGAUUAAGCGUGCCACUUAAAGGAGCUCCAGAAACGGGCAUGAGCCAUGGCUAUCAGUGCAUACCCCAGAGAUGGGCAUGAUAUGCUAAGGCUGCUGCUGCUGCCACCAAGAAGCCUGUGUGCAAGCACAGGUCACUCUCCACACCUCCCCCCCCGGGAGCCUGUGCAGCCCGCCACUGCCAGGGUCUCGAUAUCCAGGGACAACUUCCCCAGGAGAAUGGAUGGCGCGCCUCAGGCUCGUGCAGCAUCAUGCCGGCCUCUGCCGCUACAGGCUCGCCCUGCGUCCGAACCCCUUCCCCCCCCCGGCCUGAGUGAGCGAGAGCCCCGGAAUCAGCCGCUCCUUUAACCCCGUCCUAUCUGAGCAAAGAGCAGAUUCCCUCAGGCCACCUACACACAGAGGCGGGGCCAGAUCCAAAGCUGAAUCCCAGGAGCUGUGUGAACAAAGAAGACAAAGGGAAAUCUGUCCCAACAGCCUCAGAAGCAGUGGUUUAAAGCUCCACGGUCAAUUUGAUGUACCCUGCAUCUGUGGAAUACCUGAAUAGACAACGAAUCAUCCCAAAUUGAGGAGGUGGACUUUGGAAGCAAGAUAUAUUAUAUUUGUCCCCUUUUUCAGAGUGUGUAUGUGUAUGCUUCUGUGUGAGAUUUUUGUCUAUAGCUUUGCUUUCACCAUUUGUCCUAGGGUUCUGACAGUCCUUUUUUUUUUUUUUUUUUUACUUUUUAAAAUUUUUCUUCUUAAUUUUUUAUUUUAAUUAUUAUAUUUUAUCGUACUCUUUCUUUCUUUCCUUCUUUUUUUCUUUCUUUCUUUCUUUCUUUCUCUCUUUCUUUCUUUCUAUUUUUUCUCCCUUUUAUUCUGAGCCGUGUGGAUUAAAAGCUCUUGGUACUCCAGCCAGGCGUCAGGGCUGUGCGUCUGAGGUGGGAGAACCAACUUCAGGACAGUGGUCCACAAGAGACCUCCCACCUCCACAUAAUAUCAAAUGGUGAAAAUCCCCCUGAGAUCUCCAUCUCAACACCAAGACCCAGCUUCACUCAACGACCAGCAAGCUAGAGUGCUGGACACCAUAUGCCAAACAACUGGCAAGACAGGAACACAGCCCCAUCCAUUAGCAGAGACGCUGCCUAAAAUCAUAAGGUUACAGACACCCCAAAACACACCACCAGACGUGGACCUGCCCACCAGAAAGACAAGAUCCAGCCUCAUCCACCAGAACACAGGCACUAGUCCCCUCAGCCAGGAAACCUACUCAACCCACUGAACCAACCUUAGCCACUGGGAACAGACACCAAAAACAACGUGAAUUAUUAACCUACAGCCUGUGAAAAGUAGACCCCAAACACAGUAAGAUAAGCAAAAUGAGAAGACAGAAAAACACAGAGAAGAUAAAGGAGCAAGGUAAUAUCCCACCAGACCUAAAAAAUGAAGAGGAAAUAGGCAGUCUACCUGAAAAAGAAUUCAGAGUAAUGAUAGUAAAGAUGAUCCAAAAUCUUGGAAAUAGAAGAGAGAAAAUGCAAGAAACAUUUAACAAGGACCUAGAAGGACUAAAAGGAAGCAAGCAAUGAUGAACAACACAAUAAAUGAAAUUAAAAAUACUCUAGAUGGGAUCAGUAGCAGAAUAAGUGAGGCAGAAGAACGGAUAAGUGACCUGAAAGUUAAAAUAGUGGAAAUAACUACUGCAGAGCAGAAUAAAGAAAAAAGAAUGAAAAGAACUGAGGACAGUCUCAGAGACCUCAGGGACAACGAUAAACGCACCAACAUUCAAAUUAUAGGGGUCCCAGAAGAAGAAGAGGAAAACAAAGGGACUGAGAAAAUAUUUGAAGAGAUUAUAGUUGAAAACUUCCCUAAUAUAGGAAAGGAAAUAGUCAAUCAAGUCCAGGAAGCACAGAGAGUCCCAUACAGGAUAAACCCAAGGAUAAACACGCCAAGACACAUAAUAAUCAAACUGUCAAAAAUUAAAUACAAAGAAAACAUAUUAAAAGCGGCAAGGGAAAAACAACAAAUAACACACAAAGGAAUCCCCAUAAGGUUAACAUCGGAUCUUUCAGCAGAAACUCUCCAAGCCAGAAGGGAGUGGCAGGACAUAUUUAAAGUGAUGAAGGAAAAAAACCUACAACCAAGAUUACUCUACCCAGUAAGGAUCUCAUUCAGAUUUGAUGGAGAAAUUAAAACCUUUUCAGACAAGCAAAAGCUGAGAGAGUUCAGCACCACCAAACCAGCUUUACAACAAAUGCUAAAGGAACUUCUCUAGGCAAAAAACACAAGAGAAGGAAAAGACCUACAAGAGCAAACAGGAAAAAAGUAAAUGGUAAUAGGAACAUACAUACCGAUAAUAACCUUAAAUGUAAAUGGAUUAAAUGCUCACACCAAAAGACACAGACUGUCCGAAUGGAUACAAAAACAAGACCCGUAUAUAUGCUGUCUACAAUAGACCCACUUCAGACCUAAGGACACAUACAGACUGAAAGUGAGGGGAUGGAAAAAGAUACUCCAUGCAAACGGAAAUCAGAAGAAAGCUGUAGUAGCAAUUCUCAUAUCAGACAAAAUAGACUUUAAAAUAAAGACUGUUGCAAGAGACAGAGAAGGACACUACAUAAUGAUCAAGGGAUCAAUCCAUGAACAAGAUGAAGAGGAAAUAGUAAUUAUAAAUAUUUAUGCACCCAAUAUAGGAGCACCUCAUUACAUAAGGCAAAUACUAACAGCCAUAAAAGGAAAUCGACAGUAACAAUCAUGGUAGGGGACUUUAAGACCCCACUUUCACCAAUGCACAGAUCAUCCAAAAUGAAAAUAAAUAAGGAAACACAAGUUUUAAAUGAUACAUUAAAGAAGAUGGACUUAAUUGAUAUUUAUAGGACAUUCCAUCCAAAAACAACAGAAUACACAUUUUUCUCAAGUGCUCAUGGAACAUUCUCCAGGAUAGAUCAUAUCUUGGGUCACAAAUCUAGCCCUUGGUAAAUUUAAGAAAAUUGAAAUCG